UUAACUUUGCAAACUUUUUUGUUAAAAAUUAAGACACACACACACACACACAAACACACAAACACACACACUGGCCUAGUCCUACACAGAGUCAGGAUCAUCAAGAUGUCAUUAGGCAAUAGGAUUUUUUCAGCCCUAUUAUAAUCUUAUGGGACCACCAUCAUAUAUGUGGCCCAUCAUUGGCUGAAAUGUCAGUAUGUAGCACAUGACUGCACAUGAAAGAUAUCUGGCCAUGUAAAUCAGAGGACAAACCCAUAUCCUUGUACCAAACAUCACUGUGGACAAUAUUACAAAAUCUCAAUGUACGCUUUUUUGAAAUAUGUUCAACCAGACGUUUUCUUUCCCACUGGUUUUUCUCAGUUGGUAUUUGGAGUUGUUAUUGUUUCUGUAAACCAUUUAAUUGCAAUAAUUCUUAAAAUUUAAAUUUGACCUUUAUGACAGUGACCAUGGAUUUUGAGUAUUCCGGGAAGUAAAUUAUGCCUAUAAUAGAGUGGGCAUGUGGUGUAUCCAUACAAAUAACUUUAUUUUAAUGAAAUACUACAAAGCCCUGGCUUUAGAUUACAAUUAAUGACAAAGCCUACCAGAUUUUAUGAUUUGAAUACACAUGUAAAAGCAAUACAUAUUGAGGCUGGUACUUUGUGAAUUGACUUACAAUAUUGUGAACAUAUUCCAUGAAGGUAUAAAAUUGCAGGAAAAAUGAGUUUAUUAAUGGAAAUUAGGCUAGAUCCUAAUUAUUACCUGUGAAUAGUGUCAUCAUUUGAAGUUUUUAUUGCAUUUUAACACAUGGCUUAUCUUGAUGAGAAAAUAUAUAGCAAAGGGUAAAUGUAGCAAUUUUCCUUUUACUAUUCCCUCCGCUAAGCCAUUAUUGCUUGAUGUUAUUUUUCAGCAGCCUUUCAUUUUUGUCCCAAAUGUUUUUGCCUCUGGCUGGUUUUAUUUCUUUAAAAUGUAUGUGUAUCACUUCUCAAAAUGAUACAUUUUGACAGGUAAUCGAUAUUUUUUCAUACUAGAUUUGAUGGUAUGAUGGUCAUAAUCCUCAUUUUAGACUUAGUUAAUGGUGGAACACUCACUUAGAUUUUAUCUCAGAAUAUUCCUUUGUUAAGAAACAUACUUUUCGUCCUUAGCCAGAUUCCCGUUUGUCACUCCCACCACCUCCCAAACACCUCGAGCUGCAGAGUGCCUAAGAUGCACGCACGUCAGCUGACAUUUUGACAGUGUGUCCUCGAAAUGUCUUCUGAUAGUGCUUCCAACAAGCUUACGCGAUUGGUCACAGAAAAGAUACUUCUGGGCUCUCUCUCUACCUGUUUUGUUUUGUUCUCCUGAUGACCUAAUUUGUGUUACAAGGGGGAAAUUGGUUUGUCCCCCCAUGACCCCUCCAUCCCCCAUCUCUUUCUCUGUAAUGGGAACUUGGUGUCCUUCUCUAGACCCCGGUUUUUCUAGAAGGACCAGCACAAUGAAGAUGGUGGUCCUCAGAGUAGAAGUGUAUGUGUGUACACCAUGCUUGACUUUUGCUUAUAAAAAUUGAGCUUCUUGGGUCAAGAUAUUUUCCAAAAUCAGUCAGGACUUCCUUUUGCGUCUGUGGGCAGAUAGCAGUGACACUGUAAGUUGGUAAAUAUAUUUGGAGCUGCUGCCAAGGCUUUGUCUAAAACAACUCUUGACAUUCAGGGAACUUUUUGUGCUCCUCUCUCAGGAGGGUGACUUGAGGGAGAAAGCAGGCAACAACUAUCAUUCCCUUUGUUUUCACUGAAGAGCCAGAUUUUUUCUUUGCAGGAACAGAUUCAAGUGCAGGUGAGCCUGUGAAGGUUGGGGUCUGUUUUCCACCAGCAUUACAGAUUGCCAAAAGAUAUAACAAGGCUGUCCCUUUCUCCCUCUCUUAGGUGGUUUUUGUUUAUUUUGUCCUCUGAUUUAAACAAAAAACAUAGUUUUAAAAAUCUUUUUAAAAAAUUCAUUUGUGCUAGAAUUUGUUGAUACACUUUGACUUGAAGAACGACUAGUUUUUGUGCUGUGUUUUGCAUUAGAGAUGAUAUUUCUCCUCCACAUAUAAGCAAGAGCUAAAAUCUCUCUGGGGCUUUCUUCCUUAAGUGGUAUGAAAUGAACAUGCCUAAGUGGAAAAAUACCCUGACACCUUUCUCUGCUAGGUGUGGCAUUUCUUGACAGGCUUCUCUUUGUAUGUCUGGAGAUGUACGCAAAGACCUUUUGGGAACAUAAAAUGCAAUUAAUUUUCCUCAGUGGUUAGAUUCAUAAAUCCCUGAGCUAUUUUUAAUGACAUAAUCUAAUCAAUUCAUAGCAAGCCUAAUAGUGUGUUGACAGACAGAAAGAGAUGGAAAACGAGUGGAAUAGCAGGUGAAUGGGUAGGGAACCGCUAGACACUUCCUUCCCCUCUCCCACAUUUAAACAUCACUAGAUAACUGGGUUAAGUAAAAUCCAGGAGUUAGUGAUUUAAAAAAAUGUUUAUACCUGUCUUCCUAACUUUCAAGAAAAAUAAUUAUUCUGAUGGAUACAGUGAAAGAGGUAGUUCUUAGACAAAGUACAGUUAGUCCUUGUAUCUCUCUCAGGAUCAAACUAUUCUCUCAAUUUACAUAUCUUUAGAAUAGACACCAAGGAGGAAUAAUUUAUUGUAAAUUGGUAGUGUCGUAUGUUGUUACUCCUGUGCCAUGCCAGUAAUGAAAACUUAAUAUUCAUCUCUUGGUUGCUUUCAAUUGAAAUAAGAUGAGGAUGAGCGGAGUAAACAAGCUGAAACAGACUGUGAAAUUGCACAUGAUGGGAAUUUUUUUUUUUUUUUAGCUGCUUAUAGACUAUACAUAGGUUAAAUAUUCCAACUAAUGAUGGCUCUUAGAAUCCUCCCCCACCCCCCAUUUUUACAUUUUGAUCAGGUAUCAGCAGAACUAAGUUAUUAUCAUGAGGGAAAUUAAAAUCUAAACUGUUUCUGUCUUUGGGUUAGGAAUUGACUGGCAGGUAUUUAUGUAAUGAAUGGGCUUUCACGCUGGGAGGUGUAAAGGGUUCGGUGGCUGGAGAGCAGCUGCCUUGAGCCCUCCGUUUUCGGGUUUGCAGGCAGCAUGUGUGUUCUGCUACAUUUUUGUUUUCUUUGAUGCCUUCAGAAGAGAUGAGCGCCAGGCAUAGUGGUGCUGCUUGGCUGACCAGCUGUGCCCUAGUUUUUCACCAUCCCAAUCAGCGGCUGUCUUUUACAGAGGUGUCUGUCACCGCUGAUUUACUUAGCCACUGUGACCUUAUAGUUGCUUCAGAUGGGGCUUGACCCAAAGCUACUGCCAAAAGCCAUUUAGUGGUCUCCUGGAAUACUACAGCCAGCAUUUUGAAGAAGAGAAAACAAGGAUCUCACAAUUUCCUGUCUAAUAGCAAGAGUCUCCCCUGCCUGGAUAAAUGCAUUAGGUGUCUGAGCCCACUUGCUGCUCUCUCCCACCGAACUGCAAGCAUCCGUGAUCUCUGAAGUUGCUGGAGUGAAUAACUAAGCUGGACCAGCUGACUCUGGGCUCCAAUCAGCUAGAGCGUGAUGUAAGUGUUUAGCAGCUGCCGGGCUCUGAAUUAGCGUGCCGAAGUAGAGGUAGUACAGCAUGGCUAGACUGUUGUGAGAGGCUCAGAGAAAGCAGAGGGUGAGAUGGAUGAGUCCAGCAUUCUAAGACGAAGAGGGCUCCAGGAAGGGCAGCCUCCGAAGAGCCAUUUCAACUCAGCCCGACAUCGCCAGAGACUAGUGGACCCAGCUACUUCAAAAAAGGAGCUGAGUCUCCCCAGAAGAGGAAGUUUGAUAGAUUCCCAGAAGUGGAAUUGCUUGGUCAAACGUUGCCGAACAAGCAACCGGAAAAGCCUAAUAGGCAAUGGGCAGUCACCAGCAUUGCCUCGACCACACUCACCUCUCUCUGCUCAUGCAGGAAAUAGCCCUCAAGAUAGUCCAAGAAAUUUCUCCCCCAGUGCCUCAGCCCAUUUUUCAUUUGCACGGAGAAAUGACAGGACUGAUGGACGCCGCUGGUCGUUGGCUUCUCUCCCUUCCUCUGGCUAUGGGACAAACACACCCAGCUCUACGGUCUCUUCAUCCUGUUCCUCCCAGGAGAAGUUGCAUCAGUUACCAUACCAACCAACACCGGACGAGUUACACUUCUUGUCGAAACAUUUCUGUACCACCGAAAGCAUCGCCACUGAGAACAGAUGCAGGAACACGCCGAUGCGCCCCCGUUCCCGAAGUCUGAGCCCUGGACGUUCUCCCGCCUGCUGUGACCAUGAAAUAAUUAUGAUGAACCAUGUCUACAAAGAAAGGUUCCCAAAGGCUACAGCUCAGAUGGAAGAACGUCUAAAGGAAAUUAUCACCAGCUACUCUCCUGACAAUGUUCUACCCCUAGCAGAUGGAGUGCUUAGUUUCACUCACCACCAGAUUAUUGAACUGGCUCGAGAUUGCUUGGAUAAAUCCCACCAGGGCCUCAUCACCUCACGAUACUUCCUUGAAUUACAGCACAAAUUAGAUAAGUUGCUACAGGAGGCUCAUGAUCGUUCAGAAAGUGGAGAACUGGCAUUUAUUAAACAACUAGUUCGAAAGAUUCUAAUUGUUAUUGCCCGCCCUGCUCGGUUAUUAGAGUGCCUGGAAUUUGAUCCGGAAGAAUUUUACUACCUAUUGGAAGCAGCAGAAGGCCAUGCCAAAGAAGGACAGGGUAUUAAAACUGACAUUCCCAGGUACAUCAUUAGCCAACUGGGACUCAAUAAGGAUCCCUUGGAAGAAAUGGCUCAAUUGGGAAACUACGACAGUGGGACAGCAGAAACUCCAGAAACAGAUGAAUCAGUGAGUAGCUCUAAUGCCUCCCUGAAACUUCGAAGGAAACCUCGGGAAAGUGAUUUUGAAACGAUUAAAUUGAUUAGCAAUGGAGCUUAUGGGGCAGUCUACUUUGUUCGGCAUAAAGAAUCCCGGCAGAGGUUUGCCAUGAAGAAGAUUAAUAAACAGAACCUCAUCCUUCGAAACCAGAUCCAGCAGGCCUUUGUGGAGCGGGAUAUCCUGACUUUUGCAGAAAACCCCUUUGUUGUCAGCAUGUAUUGCUCCUUUGAAACAAGGCGCCACUUGUGCAUGGUCAUGGAAUAUGUGGAAGGGGGAGACUGUGCUACUUUAAUGAAAAACAUGGGUCCUCUCCCUGUUGAUAUGGCCAGAAUGUACUUUGCUGAGACGGUCUUGGCCUUGGAAUAUUUACAUAAUUAUGGAAUUGUACACAGGGAUUUGAAACCAGACAACUUGUUGGUUACCUCCAUGGGGCACAUAAAGCUGACAGAUUUUGGAUUAUCUAAGGUGGGACUAAUGAGCAUGACUACCAACCUUUAUGAGGGUCAUAUUGAGAAGGAUGCUCGAGAGUUCCUGGAUAAACAGGUCUGCGGCACACCUGAAUACAUUGCACCAGAAGUGAUUCUGAGGCAGGGUUAUGGAAAGCCGGUGGAUUGGUGGGCCAUGGGGAUUAUCCUCUAUGAAUUUCUGGUUGGAUGCGUGCCCUUCUUUGGGGAUACUCCAGAAGAGCUAUUUGGACAAGUCAUCAGUGAUGAGAUCAACUGGCCCGAGAAGGAUGAGGCACCCCCACCUGAUGCCCAGGAUCUGAUUACCUUACUCCUCAGGCAGAAUCCCCUGGAGAGGCUGGGAACAGGUGGUGCAUAUGAAGUCAAACAGCAUCGAUUCUUCCGUUCUUUAGACUGGAACAGUUUACUGAGACAGAAGGCAGAAUUUAUUCCCCAACUGGAAUCUGAGGAUGACACAAGUUAUUUUGAUACUCGGUCUGAGAAGUAUCAUCAUAUGGAAACGGAGGAAGAAGACGACACAAAUGAUGAAGAUUUUAAUGUGGAAAUAAGGCAGUUUUCUUCAUGUUCACAUAGGUUUUCAAAAGUUUUCAGCAGUAUAGAUCGAAUCACUCAGAAUUCAGCAGAAGAGAAGGAAGACUCUGGGGACAAAACCAAAAGCACAACCUUGCCAUCCACAGAAACACUGAGCUGGAGUUCAGAAUAUUCUGAAAUGCAACAGCUAUCAACAUCCAACUCUUCAGAUACUGAAAGCAACAGACAUAAACUCAGUUCUGGCCUACUUCCCAAACUGGCUAUUUCAACAGAGGGAGAACAAGAUGAAGCUGCCUCCCGCUCUGGAGACCCCCAUGAGGAGCCAGGAAAGCCAGCCCUUCCCCCUGAAGAGAGUGCCCAGGAGGAGCCCGAGGUCACCACUCCAGCCAGCACCAUCAGCAGCUCCACCCUGUCAGUUGGCAGUUUUUCAGAGCACUUGGAUCAGAUAAAUGGACGAAGCGAGUGUGUGGACAGUACAGAUAAUUCCUCAAAGCCAUCCAGUGAACCCGCUUCUCACAUGGCUCGGCAGCGAUUAGAAAGCACAGAAAAAAAGAAAAUCUCUGGGAAAGUCACAAAGUCCCUCUCUGCCAGUGCUCUGUCCCUCAUGAUCCCAGGAGAUAUGUUUGCUGUUUCCCCUCUGGGAAGUCCAAUGUCUCCCCAUUCCCUGUCCUCGGACCCUUCCUCUUCACGAGAUUCCUCUCCCAGCCGAGAUUCCUCAGCAGCUUCUGCCAGUCCACAUCAGCCGAUUGUGAUCCACAGUUCAGGGAAGAACUACGGCUUUACCAUCCGAGCCAUCCGGGUGUAUGUGGGAGACAGUGACAUCUAUACAGUGCACCAUAUCGUCUGGAACGUAGAAGAAGGAAGUCCAGCGUGCCAGGCAGGACUGAAGGCUGGAGACCUUAUCACACACAUCAAUGGAGAACCGGUGCAUGGACUCGUCCACACAGAAGUUAUAGAGCUCCUACUGAAGAGUGGGAGUAAGGUGUCAAUCACUACUACCCCAUUUGAAAACACAUCCAUCAAAACUGGACCAGCCAGGAGAAACAGCUAUAAGAGCCGGAUGGUGAGGCGGAGCAAGAAAUCCAAGAAGAAGGAAAGUCUCGAAAGGAGGAGAUCUCUUUUCAAAAAGCUAGCCAAGCAGCCUUCUCCUUUACUCCACACCAGCCGAAGUUUCUCCUGCUUGAACAGAUCCCUGUCGUCGGGCGAGAGCCUCCCAGGUUCCCCCACUCAUAGCUUGUCUCCCCGGUCUCCAACACCAAGCUACCGCUCCACCCCUGACUUCCCAUCUGGUACUAAUUCCUCCCAGAGCAGCUCCCCUAGUUCUAGUGCCCCUAAUUCUCCGGCAGGGUCCGGGCACAUCCGGCCCAGCACUCUCCACGGUCUGGCACCCAAACUUGGCGGGCAGCGGUACCGGUCCGGAAGGCGAAAGUCGGCUGGCAACAUCCCACUGUCCCCGCUGGCCCGGACGCCCUCUCCAACCCCGCAACCCACCUCCCCGCAGCGGUCACCAUCCCCUCUUCUGGGACACUCACUGGGCAAUUCCAAGAUCGCGCAAGCCUUUCCCAGCAAGAUGCACUCCCCGCCCACCAUCGUCAGACACAUCGUGAGGCCCAAGAGUGCGGAGCCGCCCAGGUCCCCGCUGCUCAAGCGCGUGCAGUCCGAGGAGAAGCUGUCGCCCUCUUACGGCAGUGACAAGAAACACCUGUGCUCCCGCAAGCAUAGCUUGGAGGUGACCCAAGAGGAGGUACAGCGGGAGCAGUCCCAGCGGGAGGCGCAGCUGCAGAGCCUGGAUGAGAACGUGUGCGACGCGCCGCCACUGAGCCGCGCCCGGCCCGUGGAGCAAGGCUGCCUGAAACGCCCGGUCUCCCGGAAGCUGGGCCGCCAGGAGUCUGUGGAUGACCUGGACCGCGACAAGCUGAAGGCCAAGGUGGUGGUGAAGAAGCCAGAUGGCUUCCCAGAGAAACAGGAAUCCCACCAGAAAUCCCAUGGACCCGGGAGUGAUUUGGAAAACCUUGCUCUGUUUAAGCUGGAAGAGAGAGAGAAGAAAAUCUAUCCGAAGGCUGUGGAAAGGUCAAGUCUCUUUGAAAACAAAGCGGCUAUGCAGGAGGCGCCACCGCUGGGCAGCCUGCUGAAGGACGCUCUUCACAAGCAGGCCAGCGUGCGUGCCAGCGAGGGUGCGACCUCGGAUGGCCCGGUGCCUGUGGAGCACGGCCAGGGUGGCGGGGACUUCAGACGGGCCCCUGCUCCUGGCAUCCUCCAGGAUGGUCUUUGCCACUCCCUCGACAGGGGCAUCUCCGGGAAGGGGGAAGGCACGGAGAAGGCCCCCCAGGCCAAGGAGCUUCUCCGAUGUGAGAAGUUAGACAGCAAGCUGGCCAACAUCGAUUACCUCCGAAAGAAAAUGUCACUUGAGGACAAAGAGGACAACCUCUGCCCUGUGCUGAAGCCCAAGAUGACAGCUAGCACCCACGAAUGCCUGCCAGGGAACCCCGUCCGACCCAUGGGUGGGCAGCAGGAGCCCCCACCAGCUUCUGAGAGCCGAGCUUUUGUUGGCAGCACCCAUGCAGCUCAGAUGAGUGCCGUCUCUUUCGUUCCCCUCAAGGCCUUAACAGGCCGGGUGGACAGUGGAACGGAGAAGCCUGGCUUGGUUGCUCCUGAGUCCCCUGUUAGGAAGAGCCCCUCCGAGUAUAAGCUGGAAGGUAGGUCUGUCUCAUGCCUGAAGCCGAUUGAGGGCACUCUGGACAUUGCUCUCCUGUCCGGACCUCAGGCCUCCAAGACAGAACUGCUUUCCCCGGAGUCUGCACAGAGCCCUAGCCCAAGUGGUGACGUGAAGCCCUCUGUGCCACCAGCUCUCCCCAACAGCAGUGGGAAAAGGAGUGAUACCACCAGUGCGAGAGAGCUUUCUCCUUCCAGCUUAAAGAUGAAUAAAUCCUACCUGCUCGAGCCUCGGUUCCUGCCCCCCAGCCGGGGUCUCCAGAAUUCACCAGCAGUUUCCCUGCCUGACCCAGAGUUAAAGAGGGACAGGAAAGGUCCCCAUCCUACUGCCAGGAGCCCCGCAACAGUCAUGGAAAGCAAUCCCCAACAGAGAGAGAGCAGCUCCCCCAGAUGCCAAGACCACACCACCGACCCCAAGCUUCUGACCUGCCUAGGGCAGAACCUCCACAGCAUUGACCUGGCCAGGCCACGCUGCCCGCUCCCACCUGAAGCUUCCCCCUCAAGGGAGAAGCCAGGCCUGAGGGAAUCGUCUGAAAGAGGCCCUUCCACAGUCAGAAGCGAGCGCUCUGCUGCGAGGACUGACAUACGCAGAGAGCCCUCCAUGGAACUGUGCUCUUCAGAAACUGUGAAAACCAGUGACAACUCCAAAAACCUCCUCUCUCUGGGCAGGACCCACCCAGAUUUCUAUACACAGACCCAGGCCAUGGAGAAAGCAUGGGCGCCGGGUGGGAAAACGAACCACAAAGAUGGCCCAGAUGAAGCGAGGCCCCCGCCCAGAGAUGACAACUCUCUGCACUCAGCUGGAAUUCCCUGUGAGAAGGAGCUAGGCAAGGUGAGGCGUGGCGUGGAACCCAAGCCCGAAGCCCUUCCUGCCAGGCGGUCUCUGCAGCCACCUGGAAUUGAGAGUGAGAAGAGUGAAAAGCUCUCCAGUUUCCCAUCUUUGCAGAAAGAUGGUGCCAAGGAACCUGAAAGGAAGGAGCAGCCUCUACAAAGGCAUCCCGGCAGUAUCCCUCCGCCCCCUCUGACCUCCAAAGACCUGCCCAGCCCGGCUGCCAGGCAGCAUUGCAGUUCCCCAAGCCACACUUCUGGCAGAGAGCCGGGGGCCAAGCCCAGCACUGCAGAGCCCAGCCCGAGCCCCCAGGACCCUCCCAAGCCUGUUCCUGCGCACAGUGAAAAUAGCAGCCACAAGCCCCGGCCUGGCCCUGACCCGGGCCCUCCAAAGUCUAAGCACCCCGACCGGUCCCUCUCCUCUCAGAAGCCAAGUGUUGGGGCCACAAAGGGCAAAGAGCCUGCCACUCAGUCCCUCGGCGGCGGUAGCAGAGAAGGGAAGGGCCACAGUAAGAGUGGGCUGGAUGUGUUUCCUGCCACCCCAGGCUCCCAGAACAAAGCCAGCGAUGGAAUUGGCCAGGGACAAAGUGGGCCCUCUGUCCCACUGCACACUGACAGGGGUCCUCUAGACACCAAGCCACAAUCCACCAGUGGUGGGCGGCCCCUCGAGGUGCUGGAGAAGCCCGUGCAUUUGCCAAGGUCGGGACACCCAGGGCCUAGUGAGCCAGCGGACCAGAAACUGUCCACUGUCGGUGAAAAGCAAACCCUGUCUCCAAAGCACUCCAAACCAUCCACUGUGAAAGACUGCCCCACCCUGAGCAAACAGACAGACAACAGACAGACAGACAAAAGCCUGAGUCAGCCGGCCGCCACCACCGACAGAAGGGCGGAAGGGAAGAAAUGCACCGAAGCACUUUAUGCUCCCGCAGAGGGCGACAAGCUCAAGGCCGACCUUUCCUUUGCGCAAAGCGAGGCCCGGUUGAAAGGCGCGGAGCGGCCAGCCGCGGCGGUGGGAAAGGGCUUCCCUGAGGCCAGAGGGAAAGGGUCCGGUCCCCAGAAGCCACCCACGGAGGCAGACAAGCCCAGCGGCAUGAAACGCUCCCCCUCAGCCACCGGGCAGAGUUCUUUCCGAUCCACGGCCCUCCCUGAAAAGUCUCUGAGCUGCUCCUCCAGCUUCCCUGAAACCAGGACCGGAGUUAGAGAGGCCUCUACAGCCAGCAGCGACAUCUCUUCUGCCAAGGCUGCCGGGGGCGCGCUGGAGCCUCCAGCCCCCAGCAACAGGGACCAUAGGAAGGCUCAGCCUGCGGGGGAGGGCCGAACCCACAUGACAAAGAGUGACUCCCUGCCCUCCUUCCGGGUCUCCACCCUGGCUCUGGAGUCACACCACCCCGACCCAAACACCGUGGGCGGAGCCAGCCACCGGGACAGGGCGCUCUCGGUGACUGCCACCGUAGGGGAAACCAAAGGGAAGGACCCUGCCCCAGCCCAGCCUCCCCCAACUAGGAAACAGAACGUGGGCAGAGACGUGACCAAGCCAUCCCCAGCCCCAAACACUGACCGCCCCAUCUCCCUUUCUAAUGAGAAGGACUUUGUGGUACGGCAGAGGCGGGGGAAAGAGAGUUUGCGUAGCAGCCCUCACAAAAAGGCCUUGUAACGGGGCAGGCCCCGGGGCAGGACUGUGGAGACCCGUCCUGAACGGGCGACUGUCUUGACUACCUUUCAAAACCAGCACUGUGUGGGAAUGUCCGCCAGGCAGAGCUCGGAGCCUCAUUGAGAAAGGGGAGAGAGAAAGACAAAGAGAGGACCUUCUUCCAGAUGCCUUCCCAGUUGUAACCGGUAAAACUGUUACCAGAUAGUGUUUGUACAAAAGCAACAACAACAAAAAAAUUACCUUUACAGUUGAGGGUUGUUGAGGAAAAAGAUUUUCUCUGUAAAUAUAUACACCGUGUGUGGUUUGGGAUGUAAAGUCUAUACCUGGCUGCUGAUUGCGUCGUUUACUACAGCUUUUUUUAAAUAAGAUUUUUGAUUUACCAUUUAUCAUAAUGUAGUAAUGAAGCAAAGUGGUCAAAACUGGGUGUGUGUGACCAGAGAUACACCCAUAUUCGUGUAUAUACACAUCCACCUACAUGUUUUGGUCUGUGGUUUAAGAGACUAUUUCAAGGUUCCAUUUUUAUAAGCUAAAACAUUCUAAGUAAAGAUGGAAGAAAGCCCUAAACACAGUAGUGAGUUUUUAUGUGUAUUUUAACCAGAGUUUCUGAUAAGUACUGUGUCUGGCUACCUAUAUUUCCAGAUCUAAAGCAAGAACUACUCUAAGUACUGCAUUUGGAAUCCUCCUCCAUUAGGAAUGGCCAGGACAAGUGGAGCUAGCCAUUUUCAUUACAUGGCCAUCCCAAUGGACACUGGAUCCCUGGUCCAACUGUCUAAAAGGCCAGUUGUGCCUGUCUGUGGAUGUGGAUGUCUGGCCUUCACCUGAGGUAGAGCGGGGACUAUAAACACACAUCAACUUUCUUUCUAUUUGCUUUCUUUUCCUUCUUUUCAAACUCUUAAACUUAGGCCUUUAUGCUGUGAGUGACUAGUCCAAGAAGCACACAUUUAGUAGUAGUCCUGCACCAGCCCUGCUCUUGAAUAAAAAGGAAUAUUACUGGCUGCACCCAAAUCUUCUAGUACUUAAGUCGAGUAAUAAGCAUCAGGCAUUGGAAGAGGUUUUAAAUUUGCUUUUUUGAGGAAAAGAACUGGGGGUAGAUUUUGGCAUCGUAGCAUAUCGAUUAAGGAAUAAUCAGGACAUCAGAUACAUUUUAAUACAUAGCUGGGGCCUUACGUUGUAGAUGAAGCUUGCUGUUUUUAGCAAGUUCCUGGGUUUCACAUUCAUUUCUGAUGCAUCUAGUAGCUCCAUACAUUUCAUAACCUGAUCUCUUUAUUUGUAUGCAAAAAAUACUGUCUUAAUACAGAGCAGCAUUUUUGUAACAAAGAGACUGGCUGGAGCUAUUUGGUGCUUGAAUGUGACCAUCCUUUUUACUUUUGCUAAGCCUUAUUUAAAUUUUGUAUACCGUGGAAUACGUAGAAUUUGUCAAAUCAUUUUAGUGCUGAAGGUUUUUGAUUUUUGUUUUUGUUUUUGUUGUUGCAGUUUCUUUGGUGGCUUGUUUUGUAUUGUAAGAUGGCACUUGCUGAUAUAAGUACUAAGGCACUAAGAGAAAAUACAGAUAAGUAUUUAUAAGAUGCUUGGGAACCAUAGCAGAAUUUUUUGUUUGGUUUUGCAAGAGAAAAAAAUUGCCAAUAAAUAAUUAAUCUACCACCCAAACUCUCUUGGGGAUGUCUUAGUAUCUUCAGACUAUAAAAUUGUUCAUCUAAGCACAGCAUCAUCUUACGGCCCUAUGGAUUGUAAAUCUUCUAGUGAGGCUGUAAACUCCACUCUGAAAACAAAGGCAUAACUUAACCGACUGCUCAGUUGUCCUUCAUUGUAAAAUGAAUUGGCAUUGGGAAAAAGGAAAAAAACAAACAACGAAAGAAAAAAGAAAAAAGCCUCCUCCUUGCCCCUAAUUUUUUUUCCAUAUGGUUUUAGCCAUUCCCCAUCACUACAUUGUGAAGCUAUAAAAAAUACAUAUAUAUACUUUACAAGAGUUUAAAUGAAUUUCAAAACUGGUCUCAACGUUUAUAAUACGUAUCUGUGUUUGGCAGUUGUCAUAACCCAAUCCUACACUCAGCCAUCGGGACAGGUCUAUCGGGGAGAUAGUUCAUGGUUUACAAGCCUUUGCUUUUUAACUGUUCAAUUUCCUUUAAAGCACAACUAGCUAUUUGUUUACAAAUGAUAUUUUUAUGUAUAUUUUGUAUAGCGUAUCAUCAUUUUGCCAAAUACGUUUUUCAUUAUGAAUGAGUAAAGAGUACUUAAGGUUGCAUUCAUGUAUUACAUGUUUGUUGUUGUAAACCUCUCCAAUCAGCUGGUAGAAAUUCUCCUCAUUGUGUUCUAUUUGGUCGGUCUCUGUAUGAUUGUAGGAUGUGCUCCUUGGUAGUACUCCCAGCUGUAGAUUUACCAGCUUAAAAGUUUGUUAGGAUCUGUGCAAUAAAGUGUUUGCAGUCUUAUUUUCUCUAAGAAAUUCCUUAUGGAUGUCAUAAUUGUUGUAUAUUGAACAAAGUAUUUAUACUUAUGCAGUUGCAUAACAUUGAAAUAAAAAUUUAGCAUGAAA